AUUAACCAAGCGAGGUUAGUGAGGGGUUAACACUUAACCAUGGUUAGAAAGCAACCUGAAUCAAUUCCAUUUCUAAUUCUCUCUCCUCUUCUCUUCUCUCCUCUCUGACUCUGAGAGUGUCCCCAUUACACUUGCAUUUGGUCGUGUUGACGAGUGAUGAUCACUAUUCACUCCUCAAUUUUCUUCUCCAACUAUUUCGCUUCCUUCUUCCUUUGUUUCUCUCCCAAUAUUUUGGUUUCCUCUUCUUCUGAGCUCUCACACACUCAAGAACUCCCACUUUGCACCUUCAAUCACUCAAAUUAGAACUCUUCCUUUGGACUAGAAAUUUUUGUUCUUUACACCAAAUUUUGUUACUUUUUUGAUACCCAGUUGAGGAUUUUUACUCGCAGCUUGCUGGGUGCUCUCUGCUCUGAAGCUUCACUUGUUAUUGGAGUUUUCAGAACCGGACGCUGAUUAGUGUUUAAUAUACUAGUAUAAUAUAUAAUAAUAAUGAUAAUAAGAUCGAAUCUUUUUAAAUUGGUGACAUGGUCCUUACUUUAUUUGACAAGUUUUGUGGAUGAUAUAGCCAUUAAAAGAAUUUGUUUGACUGAUCCUCUUCUCUAUUAUUAAUUUUGUAUUAUAUAUAUAGCUUUUGUUUCCUGAUAAGGACUGUGCCCAUUAAAAAGAAAGAUUAUACUUGGGGCAAAAAAUUAUCACUGUUGUUUCUAUUUAUCUUUUCAUAUUUUUAUAGUCAUAAUUAGCGUAGGUUGUUUCUCACAGUGUAGUAGUGGGGCUUGCGUCAAGCUUUCAUGUAUUAUUGUUUGGGUUGUCGAAGGUGGUUCCCAGUUAUCAUAGUAUAGUAUUAUGUCGGAAGCCACAAUCACAAUAUUAUUAUUAGUGCCUCAGUUCCUUGGUUCUUAAAACUUAAAAGUCCCUUUUUUUUUACAUCACAAUCCUUCAAUUCAUGAUGCCUCUGCAUGAGUUGUACCGCAAGGCCAAGGAGAAGCUUGAUUGUUCUAAAGAGAUCAAUAGCACAAGUGCACCUGAUCAUUCAACCGCACCAGAGAGUGAUUUCUAUGAACUUGUUUGGGAAAAUGGUCAGAUUUCAAUGCAGGGUCAGUCAAGUAGUAGAGGUAGAAAGAUUCCAACUUGUAAGAGUUUAACAUCUCAUUGUCCCAAGGGUCUUCAACAUAGGGAUGUAGUGGGAUAUGGUAAUGGUACAAAUAAUGUUAAUAUGAUGAGGAUGGGGAAGUUUGGGGAUUCAGAAAGUGGACUCAAUGAGAUUAGAAUGCCGGCUCCAUCUGCUGAAGACGAAGACGUGAUACAUUGGUUGAAUUAUGGAAUGGAUGAAUCUUUGCCACAUGACUAUGGUUCUGAUUUCAUACAUGAACUCUCUGGGGUCACCAUGCAUGAAAUCCCUCCCUUAAAUAACCUCUCUUUGUUGGACAAAAGAAGCAAUUCCAAUCAGGUACUUAGGGACUCUCACAAGAACUAUGCGCGCCAUGCUUUUGGUUCAGAACAAGGGAUCCUUAACAAGGACUUUUCGGUUAUGGCUAGAGGAGAGAUUGAGAUCCCUGGACCCAAACCUAGCACAAGUCAAUUUUGCCAACCAUCAUCAUAUCAAUGUCAAGGAUCAUUUGCAUCUGUUAGGUCCAAAGCAUCAGAAAUAACCGAGAAUAAUGGUAGUAACCCUGCUCAUCAAGUACCUUGUGGGGAACUGACUCAGAUUUUCCCAUCUGCUUCAAGUGGUUUUUCUGGGUUAAAGUUGGAUAAGCAAGAUCAGGUUAUGUGCAGCAGUAGUUCCACUAUAAUGAACUUCUCCCAUUUUGCUAGACCUGCUGCUAUUGUGAAAGCUAAUCUUCAGAACAUUGGGUUGUCUUCAUCAAGAUCAGAUGGUAUUGAAAACAAAAAGAAAGAUGCUUCUGCGACCGCAAGCAAUCCUCCUGAAUCAACAAAAGCUGGUUUUAGUGGCGAACGUCAGAAACAAUCCGCUGUGCAUGAGCUGAAGGUUGUAGAGCCUUCUAAGGCUGAUUUGAAGCAAUUGGAGCCCUCUAAGGCUGAUUUGAAGCAAUUGGAGCCAAAAUCUCUUGAAGUGAAUGCCACUGUUUUGAGGCAAUCUGAUCCUGCUCGAAAAGAAGACGUGUCAAAGAUUUAUCAAAGUUCCAAUCUACUUCUUUGUGAAAGUACCAAUAAAGGAGAGGAAGCUGUUGUAAAAAAUAUGGAGCCUGCAGUAGCCUCUUCAUCCGUUUGCUCUGGCAAUGGCGCAGAGAGAAUUUCGGGCAACCCAAACCAAAGUUUGAAGCGAAAAAGACAAGAAACUGAGGACUCUGAGUGCCACAGUGAAGAUGUUGAGGAAGAAUCAGUGGAUGUUAAAAAGGCAGGUCCAACACGAGGUGUUAAGAGAAGUCGUUCAGCCGAAGUACAUAAUCUAUCUGAAAGGAGGCGAAGAGACAGGAUCAAUGAGAAGAUGCGUGCAUUGCAAGAUCUCAUACCAAACUGCAAUAAGGUGGACAAAGCUUCAAUGCUGGAUGAGGCAAUCGAGUAUCUCAAAACACUUCAACUCCAAGUUCAAAUUAUGUCAAUGGGAGCUGGUUUGUAUAUGCCUUUUCUCCGAUGGGCGUUGGCAUGCAGAUGGGGUUGGGAAUGGGUUAUGGAAUGGGUAUGCCUGACAUGAAUGGUGGACCUUCUAGAUUCCCAAUGGUUCAGGUGCCCCAAAUGCACAGAACUCAUCCUCCGGCUGCACCUAUGCCUGGACCCUCUGCAUUACAUGGGAUGGGAAGAUCAAAUCCUCCAGUGUUUGGCCUGCCUAGCCAGGGACUUCCAAUUCCAACUAUGCCGCGUGCUCCAAUGUUUUCUUAUCAGGGAGAGCCUGUUGCAAACUCACCAGCCUUACGACCAAAUGCUUGUGGAACAGCAGGACUUACGGAAACUGAGAAUCCAGCUUCAGCAUCUAACCAAAAGGAUCCAGUGCCAAUUAUGCAGAACACCAAUGGUUGUAACUCGACGAGUCAGACUACGAAACAGUGUGAAGCAGCAGCAGCCGGCAGAGCUGUGGAUGCCACGAAAAAAGAUAACCUUGUGACUGAUAAAUUCGACUAGUAAGCAGAGCACAGAACAGAGGAUUGAGGUUGAGCCAUCACAAUAACACCUUUGGGAAGCACAGAUAUUUCAGUCUCUUUGAACAGACCAUAUUACAUGUUACAUGUACAUCCUCUUGUGGCCUAAACAUAUUCAACUAUCUUUCUAAUGUUCCACUCAGAUAUCUUAUUAUCAUUCUUUGGCUUUAAUGAAAUAAUAUCUACAUGUUUUUUGGUAAGAGACCAUGGCAUAAAUAUGUUAACCCCACUUCCCAGUUCCCACUAGUUAUAGAAACAGGAGAAAAGUGGCAGCAUCAUAAUCUCUCUCUCUCUCUCUCUCAUUAAGACAUGGACUAUGUCAUGUCAAGACCCAAAUAAUAUAUGGGCUUGGAAAUCCUUAAUUAACAAAGCCAAGCCCAUCCUUGAAAUC